AAGAGACAGAAUCAAUGCGUCAGCUGUCAAGGCGUACGAAUACCUACUGCUGUUAGCUUUCUUAUCAUUUUUAUAUUAAUUCACAUUGAACGUCGCGCCGAUUACGAUGUUUACGGCUAUAAAGUAGUGUUUACAUUUCUGUAUUGACUGCCCUCGGUAAAUACCCUCGCGCACAUGACUAGCUCUCAGUAGCGCUGCAAACAUGUUACUCGUUAACGCGUGUGUUUUAGUGUUAUUUUCGCUUGUUAUUGAUAACUGUGCCGCUCGAUCUAUCGAAGAGAUCGACGAGCAUUUCCUAGUGCCACUCAAAUAUACGAGAUACGAUGAUUUAGUGAAGUUAAUCAGUGAAUUGGAGACGACUUACCCGGAUCUUGUUAAAUCAUAUUCAAUAGGCAAGUCGGUGCAAGGGCGGCAACUGUAUGUUCUACAGAUUACUGAGGGUGUGGGCACACCGCACUACGAGCGGCCGUCAGUCAAGUAUGUGGCCAACAUGCAUGGUGAUGAGUCUGUUGGGCGACAGUUGGUGAUAUAUUUGGCCCAAUAUUUGUUGGCCAACUAUGGGAAGGUUGACCGGGUGACGCGGCUUUUGAAUACGACGGAUAUACAUUUGAUGCCUUCAUUGAAUCCCGAUGGUUUUGAAAGCAGUGUGGAGGAUAACUGUGAAUCUCUGAAGGAGUUCGUUGGGAGGCACAAUGCUAAAGGCGUGGACCUCAACAGGGACUUCCCGGACCAGUUCGAUAAGAACAGGUCUAACGAAGACGAGUACUUGUAUGGAGGGCGGCAGCCUGAGACCGUGGCGCUGAUGCGAUGGGUGAACAACAAGCAGUUUGUGCUGUCCGCCAACCUGCAUGGAGGCGCUGUGGUAGCCAGCUACCCAUACGAUGAUAGCAGUACGGGACAGGAUUGCUGUGUGGACAGCCUGACACCAGACAACUCCCUGUUCAAACAUCUCGCUUCGGUGUAUGUCGCUCACAAUGAUGACAUGAAGGCCGGCGACGCCUGCCCACCAGAAAGCUUUGAUGGAGGAAUCGUUAACGGCGCCAAUUGGUACGCCGUUCGUGGUGGCAUGCAAGACUACAACUACCUCCAUUCAAACUGUUUCGAGGUGACCUUCGAGCUGUCCUGCUGCAAGUACCCCCCCGCGUCGCAACUCUUGAAGUUCUGGCAUCAGAACAGAGAUGCGAUGAUGUCGUUCAUGGAGCAGGCGCACAUCGGAGUCACAGGGGUCGUUGUUGAUGAGGCUGGUGAACCUGUUAAGAAUGCUCAAAUCAAAGUGGAUGGGAACGAGCACACGGUCCGCACUGCAGAGCGCGGCUACUUCUGGCGCAUGCUGCUCCCUGGACAAUACAACAUCACUGUCAUCGCUCCCGGCUACUCCAUCCCUCCAUUCACGUUAGUAACGGUCCCGGUCAACCAGUCGAUCCCGGUCACCAUGAACAUGACGGUCCACCGGCGCCCGCGCCUCCUCACCGCGGUGCACGAAAGGCGCGCGCGUCACGACAUCGACGGUAUUUCCGCAGUGGACUUCUCGCAUCACAACUACGCGAAGAUGGAGAGCUACCUGCGAGAGCUGCACGAACAGUACCCGGCCAUCACCAGGCUCAGGAGUAUUGGCAAGUCGGUUGAGGGCAGGGAGCUGUAUGUGUUUGAGGUGACCAAGGAUCCCGGAGAACAUAAGGCUGGUAAACCGGAGUUCAAAUACGUGGCGAACAUGCAUGGUAACGAGGUGGUCGGGCGGGAGCUCCUCCUUCUGCUCGCUAAGUACCUGUGCCAGCAGUACGUGGCCGGCGACCCUCGGAUACAGACCAUGCUCAACACCACCAGGAUACACCUCAUGCCCAGCAUGAAUCCCGACGGCUACGAGAGGGCUGAAGUCGGCGAUUUCAGCAGUCUAAAAGGAAGAGGCAAUGCUAACAACGUCGAUCUCAACAGAAAUUUCCCCGAUCAAUUUGGCGACACGGCGGACAAUUCGUCUCCAGAACCGGAAACGAUAGCAGUAAUGAAUUGGUCGUUAUCUGAACCGUUCGUGUUGUCAGCUAACCUGCACGGAGGUGCCCUAGUGGCUAACUAUCCGUACGAUGGCAACCCCGGAAUGAGAAGCGGUCAUGAAUAUCUCACGCCUGACAACCCUGUGUUCUUGCAUCUUGCUCAUACGUAUUCCGAUGCACAUCACAAGAUGCACUUAGGGGAACCAUGUAAGAACGUACCCAGCGAAACUUUCCCUGAAGGCAUCACUAAUGGUGCUAAAUGGUACGUACUAGCGGGCGGCAUGCAGGACUGGAACUACUUAUACACCAACGAUAUGGAGAUCACGCUAGAGCUCGGCUGCUUCAAGUUCCCGCCCCCCGGCGACCUGCCCACCUACUGGGAGGAUAACAGGGAGGCGCUUCUGGCGUUCAUAGAACAGGUCCACCGCGGCGUCCACGGCUACGUCCACAGCCACAUCGGGCACCCGCUGGUGAACGCGACCAUCCGCGUCAACAGCAUCGCGCACAUGGUCCACACCGGCAGCUACGGCGACUACUGGCGGCUGCUCGAGCCAGGGACCUACAAUGUCACUGCUAUGAAGGAAGGCUACGAAAGCGUAACAGAGCAAGUGACAGUACCAGCUUCAGGAUCGAUCAGCGUCAACUUCACGCUCAUGGCGGACGAUCCCCAGCACUGGUCAUCGGCCUACGACUUCCGUGUGUUGGACAACGUUAUAAACACGCGAUACCACUCGCGGCUGGAGCUGUACGCCGCGCUGUCGGAGCUCGAGAACCGCUUCUCUAACAUCGCGGAGUUCCGCGCCGGGGACAGCCUCCGGACAUCCACCUUCCACCAGCUGAAGAUCACUGAUGAGGUCGGAUCGCCAGAAGAAACAAAAUUCCACAUCGCGAUAUGCAGUAGUUUCUACGGCUCUCAGCCCCUCGGCCAAGAAAUGCUGAUCAACUUCGCCCGUCACAUCGCCACAGCAUACACUAUCGGCGAACCCGUCCACAAGCGACUCCUACAAAACGCCGUCCUACACUUCAUACCCAACAUAGACAUACUAUCCGACAAAAUUAUAAAACAAUACGAUGAUACAGACCACUGCAAUAUCGACGCUUUGGAAGAGGAAUUUGGAGACAGUCUAUACAGCUAUCUAACAAAAAAAGAUUUGAACCCACUUUCAAAUUAUACGCGAGAAAAAUCGUUUAUCAACAUGCUUGAAUCAGAGAAGUACGAUGUGAUUCUAGAACUUUCUUCAGGUUCCGAGGAUAUUUUUUACCCGGAAAUGUCGAAGAGUUUGUUCGAGAAGUUCGCUCAGACGUACCAGGAUAGCAGGGACGCGAACGAGAAGUACCAGUGCAGGAGUAAUGGGGUGAAGCAUGGGGACCUGAUAGAUGUGUUGUACGAGAGGUAUAACACGCCGGUGAUAUCGGCUGGCCUGAGCUGUUGCAAGAUGCCGGUGAAGGAGGAGAUAGCGUGGGUCUGGAGGAAUAAUCUGCGAGGGAUUAUGAAGUUUGUUGAGCUGGCUAAUACUGGUGUUGUGGGCUACAUAAAGAGUACUGACGGCAUGCCGAUGCGUGACGCCGUGGUUGCCAUCACGGGUAUCGAACGCCAGUACCGCGUGACCCGCAACCAGGCACACUACCGCAUCAUGCUACCGCCCGGCGUCUACCGGGUUAUCGUCCGGUGCCAUAACUAUCACGACCAGAUGCUGACGUGGACGGUAGUUGACGGUGUCCUAAAGAACAAGGACAUCGUCCUCCGCCGCCUCAACACGGACACAGUGCCCGGCGGGACCUUCGCGGAGGUACACGUGGAAGAGGACCCCAACGUCGUGUAUGUUACUGGUUUAACGCUAGACCACAACAGCGUCCCGCUACCCUCUGUAGCAGUAAGCGUGCAUCCUAUCGGGUCUAAGAUGGCGGUAGCGACCAACGAGAGCGAUUCUAAUGGCCGCUACGUGUUGACUCUGCCACUAGAGUACAAAGCUAAGGAGGUGUUUGUUAAUGCCGCCCUCAGCGGGUACAUUACUAAGCAGAAACGUAUUGUGGUAAGCAAGGACAACGUGACACCAAACGUGUUGUUCAAACUGGAGGGAGACGACUACGUGCUCGGGAUGCCCAGGCUCGUGUUCGUCAUGUUAGCCGGUGUGAUAGGCGUAGCAGUGGUGACAGUAUCGGCGUGGUGCUUCAGCUGCCGCGAGAAGGCGAAGGACUCGCGCCGCCAGUACCUGUUCACGCAGAUACCCAGCGACGAUAAGCGGCCGCUGUGUGACGAUACCGCCACUUAUGAUAUCGUACGCAAACCUUACUUUGAUGAAGAAGACUUGCCGCCGUCAGAAACAGAUUCAGAGGAAGAGAUCGUAUUACUGCGUUCUGAUAGAGAAUGGAAACAGGGAGAUCAAGAGUAAAGCAACAGUUGUAUGACGUCAUAAUUCUACCAAAAGGGUAUUUGACUAAUAAUAAUCUGUUUGGUCCGUCAGACAGAUUUAUACGUAUUUUUCAUUAAUCAUAUCAUUGAAAAUGCAAGGAUAUAAAAAGCACUUAAGUACCAUGCUUAAGUGCUCUUUAUCUUCUUGGUGGUAAUAGGAGCUAGUCACUUGCUAGCAAAAACGUACUGGUAAGUGACGUCACAUGAGAUUUUCAAUCACCUUCAUUUUUGUUUUCGUGAUAAAGGAAAAAUACACAUCGGGAUCCGUAUAUAGUAUACAAUUUUUUUGUCAAAUAUCAAGUGUCCAAGCGCUUUAAGAGUGAAUAGGUGACUCUUAAAGCGCUUGCACACCAGACGGGAAACGACUCUUAAAAACAACUGACAAAAUGAAAUCAUUUGACCUCAAAUACGUUGGUGCUUUGAGUAGCCUAACAGUUUCAUUGUGUUAAGAGCUCUUAUCAGUGACAAAAGUAUUCAAUAAUACUUUUAAUUGGAGAGACGGAUAUGUGAUUCUACUACUAUAUACGAAACGCGAUAUACGUGACCUCUUUAUGCUUGCACCGUAUGGGUCAAUUCACACUUAAAAAACAGCGGCCGGUAGCGACUUUAUAUGGCAUAUGAUUAUGAAUCCUAUCUACAGUUGCAAAAGUUUACAGUCGUUUGAAGGCAAAGGAUAGCAAGGCUGAUCAGAAACUUGCCCUUACGUUACGGCCGCUGGUGCUCUAUCUCUUUCAGUGGAAAUUGACCCUUAGAGUAUCAGUAUAUUGCCAACAUUAAUCAGAGAUCAACUGUAGUACUUGUUCAUACAUGCUUCCUUUAUUUAUUAGAACUAAUGAGAAUAUAUCAGUUAAAUAGCAUUGUUGUAAAACAAUUAUAAUACGUACAAUCUGAGCAGACAGCAAAAAAAGUCUAUUACAACAACUACAAAUGCUAAAUAACUUGUCGAAUAUUAAAGUUAAGGAUCAAUCUAUGAUUAUUAAACUACAUUAGAAAAUAAUUCGCAGUUUCUUGUUAAUUAAAUCUGAUUGUGGGCGUAGACUUUUGUUGCUAACUGCACAUCAUAUAAAAUUUAUUCGCGUAGAAAAACUUUUUUACUAUUUUAACUAACUAAAUGGUUGUAAUAUUCGUUGUUAAUUUAAAAAGUUAAAAAAAAAAUGUAAACAAAAUAACCUAUGUAAUAUAUUAAUUGGAAAGAUCUCUAAAAAAAACAUCCCAUUUGAAAUGUAUCAGUAUUAAAAAAUGCAUACAAAUAUUUAUUUGAAGCCCACACUAAUAUGCUCUACAUUCCGUUUCAAUAAAAAAAAAAACAAAUGACCAUAGAAGUAAAUUAAAAAAAAUAUGGUCAGAUAAAAAUAUACUAAA